ACGACUCGAGCGCUGCCCAACCUGCCUCACCCACAGGUAUGCACCUCGCGCUCAACUCUGAAGACGUUUGUCAACAAACGCAGCUAUUUGGUGCCUUUGUCUCUUUUUUCCAGGCGAAGGGAGACAUUUUCAAACAAAAUAUCGGCAAAGAGUAGUGGCUGAACAUCGUUGAGAAGUUCACAUUGAAGAGGAACUGAUCUAAAGCUUGACCAUGGCCACAAUUGGGGACUUCGACCCGCUCAACUCCACCGUACCUGCGACGAAAAUUGAACUUACUGUCUCGUGCAGGAACCUGCUGGACAUGGACACCUUCUCCAAAUCAGACCCUGUUGUGGUUUUGUACGUUCAAGGCAUCGGGACAAAGGAGUGGAGAGAGUUUGGCCGAACAGAAGUGAUCGAUAACACCCUGAACCCGGACUUUGUUCGGAAGUUUGUCCUGGAUUUCUUCUUCGAGGAGAAGCAGAAUCUUCGCUUUGAUGUGUACAAUGUGGACACCAGAAGUUCAAACAUUUCAAAACAUAAGGACUUCCUGGGCCAGAUGUUCUGCACUCUGGGGGAGAUCAUUGGGUCCACAGGCAGUCGGCUGGAGAGAACCCUGUCUGGGAUCCCAGGGAAGAAGUGUGGGAACAUCAUAUUCACCGCUGAGGAACUGAGUAACUGCAGGGACAUUGCCACUAUGCAGUUGUGUGCCAACAAGCUGGACAAAAAAGACUUCUUCGGCAAGUCAGAUCCCUUCCUGGUCUUCUACCGCAGCAAUGAAGACGGAACGUUCACCAUCUGCCAUAAGACAGAGGUAAUAAAGAAUACUCUGAACCCUGUUUGGCAGCCCUUCACCAUCCCUGUACGAGCACUCUGUAAUGGAGACUAUGAUAGGACGGUCAAGGUGGAUGUGUAUGAUUGGGACCGAAAUGGAAGUCAUGACUUCAUUGGCGAGUUCACCACCAGCUACAGAGAAUUCUCCAGAGGCCAGAGCCAGUUCAACGUCUAUGAGGUUCUAAACCAUAAAAAGAAAGGCAAGAAGAAGAAAUACGUCAAUUCAGGGACAGUGACACUGCUGUCCUUCAAAGUGGAGUCAGAAUACACGUUUGUGGACUUCAUCCGGGGAGGGACGCAACUCAACUUCACAGUGGCCAUCGAUUUCACAGCGUCUAAUGGUAACCCAUCCCAGCCCACCUCUCUGCACUACAUGAGUCCCUACCAGAUGAAUGCCUACGCCAUGGCCCUGAAGGCUGUGGGGGAGAUCAUCCAGGACUACGACAGUGACAAGAUGUUCCCCGCCUACGGCUUCGGAGCCAAGCUGCCACCGGACGGCAAGAUCUCCCAUGUCUUCCCACUGAACUCCAACAGUGAGAACCCUAACUGUGUGGGGAUCGAGGGAGUGUUGGAGGCGUACUUCCAGAGUCUCCGCACCGUUCAGCUCUACGGACCCACCAACUUCGCUCCGGUCAUCAACCAGGUGGCACGGUGUGCUGAGGAUGUAACUGACGGAUCCCAGUACUUUGUGCUGUUGAUGAUCACAGACGGAGUCAUCUCAGACAUGGUGCAGACCAAGGAGGCUGUGGUCAAUGCUGCCGCUCUGCCCAUGUCUAUCAUCAUAGUGGGAGUAGGCCCUGCUGAGUUUGACGCGAUGGAGGAACUGGACGGUGAUGAGGUCAGAGUGUCCUCUAAGGGGCGCAUUGCUGAGCGAGAUAUAGUCCAGUUUGUGCCGUUCCGGGACUAUAUUGACCGCCAGGGCAACCAGGUGCUGAGCAUGGCACGGCUGGCCAAGGACGUGUUGGCAGAGAUCCCCGAGCAGCUGCUGGGUUUCAUGAAAACGAGAGACAUCGAGCCCCAGCCUGCCCUGCCCACCUCCUCCACCACCACUACCGCCCCUCUAGGACUCAACAACCUGUGCAUCUGAAAGUGGGGUUUGGGUGGGGUGGAGUCAGAGGUCGGGGGGGGUCUUAGGUCUAGGGCCAUAGGGCCAUGGUUUGGACCAUUUUCAGUUGCAGCGAAUACCUGAAGAGACACACUGAAUCAGUUGGUGUGCACAUGAACACACACACACACACACACACACACACACACACACACACACACACACACACACACACACACACACACACACACACACACACACACACACACACACACACACACACACACACACACACACACACACACACACACACACACACACACACACACACACACACACACACACACACACACACACAGGCAGUUGCUGUCCUAGUCAGAGGGGUAGACUGCAAUAGCACUGAAAGCUUUUUCACUACCACUCCUUCCAUGUUGAAGUCAGCUAUUUUCCUGAUUCUUCUUUUAUCUCACUGCCGUAGCGAUGUCCUGCCUGGCGGACACAGCCCCCCUGCUGUGAUGUAACGACUCUACAGCUCAACGGGGGUCAUAUGCAGCGUGACCUUUGGGGCGAGAACUGUUGGAACUGCGGUCGCCAGCCCCUUACUAAACCCUUAGCUUAUAUCUUAUUUAAGGGUUCAGGGAUCGGUCGCAGUUAAACGUCAGAAAAAGCAAGAGUUUGUGGACUUUUCGACGGACAUAAAGAGAGAUCGAUGUUCAUCUUUUUUCCUAUGCCUCUCUAGUUCUGCAUGCAAUGAGUGUUUCAACCCUGCAUCUUCUUGUGGUCCGAAACAGAAACAGCAACAAACUGGCCUCUUGGGUUGCCAUGGUAGUAUUCUACUUUGACCCCUCUCUGGCUAAUGUAUAUUUGUCAUGUGUAUAAUGACACUAUAAACAUUGCAGAAAGUCAGUUAAUAUCCAAAACAAGUGAAAAACACAGUAUCUUCAUGUUUGGUGUCUACUCAGGGCAUUUCUGACCGAAACAAUAUGUCAUCUGGACAGUUGUGGUCUCAGCCUCAGCAACUGGAGUCAUUGUGUUUAUAUAUCUUUACAACAUUUUUGCAAGGACUGGUUCAUCUUGUCCAGGGGUUGAUUGAAUAGGGAAUAUAUUGUGCUAUGCCAGUCCACACUAUAUGUAUAUAGGUAGUUGAAUGUUACUUCUUGCAAAAAUAUAUUCCUGAUAUAUUCCACGUGUUGAAAUGUAUAUGUUAAUUAGGAUGACCUAUGGAUGGCUAUAUUUCAGAUCAGAAAAUACAUUUAGAGACAGAAUGUGUAAAUAUUGAAAUAACUUUGGUCACAAGGGCCUGCUAGCUGGAAAUUGCGUACUUCUGUUCAGAGAAAAGCCUUCAUCUUCAAAAGGAAGGGUCGUAAAUUGAAAUUGGCUUGAGAUGGAGCAUAGCUUGAAAUACUCCCACCUCCGUUUCUUUUCAACCACUAUACAACUGGUCGUCUGAUGUCCCUGCACAGGUUAUUUCUGGCCCAAACAUCGGUCUGAAUAUACCUGGCUGUGACCCCACUCUCCAAGGGUGUCUCAGGGGGAGUUGGGAUAUUGAAAAAGCACAUUUCCAAUUCACACAUACAGGUCUAAGUCACAUGUAUAAAAUAGGACAAUAAUAAGCACCCACCAAAUUAUUAUUAUUAUAUGAGUACAGUACCGAGUCAGCUAUUUUAAAACUUGUCCUUGAUUUCCUCCUUCCAAAUUGAAACUUUUCCUAGCUUUUGCCCGGUGAUUAAAAAAUGAAUCAUUUAUGAAGUGGUCGGUCAAUGGUGGGAAAACCUGCUCCAUCUUUCAAAAUGUGUGGAGAGUGCUCCUGUUUAGUUUCAGAAAGACUCGGCAUGCGCUCGCUGAACAAAAGUGCUUAGAUCUAGCAAAGAACGCAUCAACGCUUCACAGUCACCAAGUCCAUCCAUUUUUUUCUGGAAAGAGGAGAGAAAGAGAAAGAGAAGGGGCCUCGGCAUAAGUUCUUCUCAAAAGUGUGGUCCCUCGCCACAGCCUGUUUUGAGGGAGUUGGAAAUGGAUGCUUUACAUAGCAAAUGUAUGCAUGAUUUCUUUCCGCCACAGCUCUGGUUUCUGAGAUAUGGGUCUAUAUUUUCAGUGUUGUUUUGGCUGGGCUCAUAGGCUCUACACUCAUAGGCUCUACACUCAUAGGCUCUACACUCAUAGGCUCUACACUCAUAGGCUCUACACUAGUUGGUUUACAUGUAAUGCAUUCUUUUUUGUACCAGUCUUUUUAUUAUGCCUUUGUUCUUUGAGAAAUGCUAGAAGGGAUCAUUCAAACAAAGUGUUUAUUUUGCAUUCAAGCAUCUAUUGUGAUUUGUUUGAUUUCUCUCUCUUUUUCUUUCUCUGUUUUCUCUCUUUUUCUCUUUCUCACUCUCACUCUCUCUCUCUCUCUCUCUCUCUCUUUUUCUCUUUCUCUCUCUCUCUCUCUCUCUCU